AUGUCGUCCUCUACUGGAAAAGCACAGGCGCCAGGAUACGAGCUGCCUUGGGUAGAAAAGUACCGGCCGCGGUACCUUCGUGAUGUUGUCGGAAAUAGCGCGACAGUGGAAAGGUUGCGGGCUAUUGAGGAACAUGGAAAUUGUCCACACUUGCUGUUGUCGGGGCUACCAGGCAUAGGAAAGACGACGAGUGUGCAUUGUCUGGCGCACGCAUUGCUGGGCGACGCCUACAAGGAAGCUGUCCUGGAGCUAAAUGCGUCGGAUGAUCGCGGUAUUGAUGUGGUGCGAAGUAAGAUCAAAGCAUUUGCCCAGAAAAAAGUGUCGCUGCCGCCGGGGCGGCAUAAGAUCAUUGUGCUGGAUGAGGCUGAUAGCAUGACGCCCGGUGCACAGCAAGCGUUACGGCGCACGAUGGAGAUCUAUGCGCCAACGACGCGGUUUUGUUUUGCAUGCAAUCAGUCGAAUAAGAUCAUUGAGCCGAUUCAGAGUCGCUGUGCGAUCCUGCGCUUUGGGCGUAUUUCCGAUGAAGAACUGCUGCGUCGGCUUCUCCAGAUCUGUGAGGCAGAACAUGUCAAGUAUUCGGACGAGGGACUCGCCGCUGUUGUCUUUACGGCAGAGGGCGAUAUGCGACAGGCUGUGAACAAUCUGCAGUCGACUUGGACAGGCAUGGGCUAUGUGAGUCCGGACAAUGUGUUCAAGGUGUGUGACCAGCCGCACCCGCUCGUGGUCCGCGACGUGUUGGAUAAGUGUUAUGCUGGUCGAGUUGAUAGUGCGCUGGAUCAGCUUGAGAGUCUCUGGUCGUUGGGGUACUCGAGUCUGGACAUUGUCACGACGCUCUUCCGUGUGGUGCGGACGAUGGACAGUUUGCCAGAGGCCGUGAAGCUGGAGUAUAUUCGCGAGAUUGGUUGGACGCAUAUGCGGACGUUGGAGGGAGUCGCGACAUUGUUGCAACUAAGCGCUUUGGUUGCUCGACUUGCCAAGCUGGUGCGUAUGCGAGUGGGCGCGAUGCACCCGAGUACUAACGAACACGUCGCAGGCCAUGGACCCUCAGCUAUUUGUGCUGAAGUAGAGUGUGGAAGCGAACAUCCAUCCAUGCACACGCAGAGACACACGGGCUGA